UUGAGUUCACAACCAGAAUAUAUGUGUCAAUGAAAUGACUGCAAAAAAAACAUAAAAAUAUUGAAUCGAAUGAAUCAAUCAUUUGAAUGCUUUUUUGUGUUGUUGUUGUUGUAGUCAAUGAGUGAGUGAUUUAAUACAUGCAAUGGUUUUAGUGUUUCUCCAAUACAUUAACUCAAACAACACAACACUCCAUACAAUACUUUACAACACAACUGGCAUUGCAUUCACUGACUGAUUGUUAGUGACAUUGGAUUAGUAGACAAACAGUGGACACUAAUCGGAUAAAUGGCAGACAACAAGACAAACAGUGAUACAAUCCGGUGCUUCCUCGACAUCAAUGUUGGCGAUGAAUACGUUGGCCGCUUAGUGAUCGAGUUGUUCAACAAUGUGGUGCCCAAGACGUGCGAAAAUUUUCGGGCGCUUUGUACGGGAGAAAUGGGAAUCGGCUCUAAAUCCAGACCACUUCACUAUAAGGGAUCCAUUUUUCACAGAAUAAUCCGUGAGUUUAUGAUUCAAGGCGGAGAUUUCACCGAUUUUAAUGGUACGGGAGGUCAGAGUAUUUACGGCGAGAAGUUUGAAGACGAAAAUUUUGAGCUUAAGCACGACAAACCUGGACUCUUAAGUAUGGCAAACGCUGGUCCCAACACUAAUGGCUCACAAUUUUUCAUUACAACUGUACCGACACCUCAUUUGGACGACAAACAUGUGGUGUUUGGCCAAGUAAUCAAAGGUAUGGGUGUUAUCAAGUAUUUGGAAGGCCUGCAGACCAUUGCUAACGAUGUUCCCGUUGAGCGAGUUAUAAUCAGUGAUUGCGGACAAUUCAAAGCUGACGAAGACUACAAUCUCAACGAAAAUGACGGUUCAGAAGAUAUAUUUCCUCCCUUUCCUGAGGACACGGAUCUUGAUUUCACUUCGCAAAUGGAGAAAGUUUUAGAAAUUGGCGACAAAAUUAAAAUAUCGGGAAAUCUUUAUUUUAAAAACGAAGACUUUGUAAACGCUAAUCGCAAAUAUAAGAAAGCGUUGCGUUAUUUAAACAAAUUGCACGACAAUGACCUCAACGAUGAAACUGAGAAACGGGUUCUCAAUCAAGAACUUCCAUGUCUGCUAAAUAGUGCUGCCUGUCUGUUGAGACUCAAACGAUAUGAGGCAGCACUGGAAGUGCUAAACGAAUCGCUUGAUAUCUGUCCUGAUAAUGCAAAAGCAUUAUACAGAAGAGGUCAGGCAUAUCACGGCCAACGAGAUUACGAUAAAAGUCUGUUUGAUCUUCAAAGGGCACAAGCAUUGGCACCGAGCGAUAAGUCAAUUGCAGCCGAAUUGGCGGCCGUUAAGGGAGAGAUCGAGGCCUAUAAGGCCAAAGAAAGGAAGGCAUACUCGAAGAUGUUCUCAUAAAUAGAUCCGACGAUAUGUACGAUCUAAGCAAACCAUUUGUACUAUAAGUGCAGCAAAUCUUCUUUUUUUAAUUACUGGUAAUUUCUGUAAAUAUUUUUGACAACAGAGUCACAGAGAGAGAGAGAGAGAGUUUGAAUCAAAUAUUAAUUGAAAUGAAUUUAGUUUUAUUUUCUACUAUUUUAUUUUUUUUUUGUUAAAGUAGGUAAAUGUCAAUUGAAAUCAUAUUUAUGAUACACUUAUUAUGUCAUAAUUACGUCCAUACAGUAAUUGUGUGUACAAUACAUUAUUUCAGAGAGAAAGUGAUUUUUAAUUUAAUUCUCGGUCUCUGAUGUCAAACACAUUUGAAAUAAACAUUUUAUUUUGCACUUAAUUUCCGCCGACUUAAAGGAUAUUGUGAUUCCGUUUUAUAACAAAAAUUGUUUUAUAAAUUAAUUUGUUUAGUUCUAUAAGUUUUGUAAAACUAUUUCUCACACAAAAUACUAUAUAUUUUGAUGAUUUGCUAAUAUGAAUGUAUCUCUGAAUGAAAAGUUCAAUGAAUAAUAUGUGUAUUGUUUAAAGUUUAUAAACACAGAUAUAAAUAUAUAUA